AUGGCCAUGAUUGCACCAUUGAAAGUUGGGUUUUAUCAGAAAAGUUGCCCAUCAGCAGAGGCUAUAGUGAAAAGCACAGUGAACCAGGCACUUGCUACUGACAAUGGAGUCCCUGCUGCCCUCAUUAGAUUGCACGUCCACGACUGUUUUGGUUGUGAUGCCUCCAUCCUUCUUGACUCAACACCGGCCAACCUGGCCGAGAAAGAUAGUCCGGCGAACCUAGGCAUAUCUGGCUUUGAUGUGAUCGACCAAGUCAAGGCCAACCUAGAAGCUGCAUGCCCACAAACAGUUUCUUGUGCAGACAUAGUCGCCUUCGCAGCUCGAGAUGGUGUUUCCAUGGCAGGUGGCACCUACUACGCCGUUCCCGGUGGCCGCCGCGAUGGAACAGUUUCACUAGCGGCUGAAGCAGCCCAAAACCUCCCUGGUUCAUUCUUCAACGUGACACAACUGAGAGAAAACUUUGCUAAAAAGGGGUUGUCAAUGGCAGAAAUGGUGACACUCUCUGGUGCUCACUCCAUUGGUGACUCUCACUGUUCUUCAUUCUCAAAACGGCUCUAUUCAUUCAAUUCAACAUAUUCACAGGACCCAUCUAUGAAUCUUUCUUAUGCUAAUUAUCUCAGAACCAAAUGUCCUCGUCCGGCAUCGAAAACGAACAGUACUAGUACUGUUGUUCCUGAUCCUGUGGUUCCUUUCGAUCCUGUAACACCAAACCUGCUUGAUAAUAAUUACUAUAAGAUUUUGGAGAGUCACAAGGGGUUAGUGGCUUCAGAUCAGGUCCUGUGGAGCAGCAGCUUGGUGACAAGAAAAAUGGUGAAGAACAAUGCCAAUCAUCCGGGUAAAUGGGCUUCCAAAUUUGCUGAAGCAAUGGUGAAAAUGGGUGAAAUUGAUUUGCUCACUGGGGUUCAUGGAGAGAUAAGGAAGAACUGCAGGGUUGUGAAUUAG